AUGGCAGUAGCGGCCUCCUCUUCUAAUUACCUUAAGCAUCCUCCUAGGCCAUCUUUGACGAAAAACCAUUUUAGCUGUACAAUUCAUGGGGGCUUAACAAGAAAUGUUGUCGUCAAAGCAAGAAAGGAUGACCACCAUGCUCAUUAUGGAGGCAAGCUCGUGGAUGAGAACAUGAUCGUUCUACGAAUGAGAAUCAAGAAAAUGAAGGCGAUAGAGUCGGGCCAUGAUCAACCACCUUCAAAUUGGAUGGGGUGGGAAAAGAAAUACUUUGCAAGUCAUUACAAUGAAGAUGUUCUUGAAGCAAUAGGAGUGCUACAGUCGUGUUUAAUGAACGCGAGACCAAGUAUGGCAUUAGGGAUGCUGGCUAUUCUUGCUUUAAGUUUGCCAAUUUCAACAUACGUUCUACUGGUAAAUUUUGUAGAGCUGGCCAAGGGAUUAUUAGAUUCUGGUUUCCAUCCUCCCUGA